AUAACUGAGUGCCUUCUGCAUAUAUGUUAUAGCCAGUGUUAUGAAAUCGAAGUAUGGCACCCCAGGUCAGGUUGUGAAUGCAAAAUGAAACUGAACCAAGAAUACAGUCCUGUGGACCACCGAAGAUGAGUUGCUCAAGGUCAGAAAGUAUAAUGUCGAUGGACCGCAGAAUGAUUGCAGAAUGACUGCAAACAGAAGGCCGUUCAUUAUUUUCAAAAGCGGAUGUUCAGUGUUAUGUUUCGGUUUAUGCAUUUUACCGCUAUUUUUUGUUGCUGUUUCAGAUGCUCAAAUAGCCUUGUUGGAAUGACUCAUUUGCUGAGAAAGAUUUCCUGAGAAAGACCUUUUUUGUUCUAAGGCACUAUGACCUAAUAAAUGGUCCCUUUAUUUGCGUUGAUUGUGGAACUCUGAAUAAACAUAUAUACGGUGAAAAUAAGUAAUGAUCCUGAGAUUGCUAGUGCUUCACUAUAUUCACACUUGCAACAUAAAUACUAAUGGAGUUAAAAUAGGUGUUGCACACUUUCAGGGAUUUGAGCUUCACUCCUUUUACUGCUUACCCUUGGUACAUCUUGCGUCCUCUAAGCUGUUCUUGUCAUCGAUAAGACUAGCCUGUAUCAGAAUCAAGGGGUUGUUUUACUUUUUAGCUGCACCUGUCACCAAUCCUCCAGCCACGGCUCCCCCGACAACAGUCCAGACAUCGCCAAGGAACAGUGGAGAGACAAUCAGUCCAGCAGAAUUUUGUUCAAGUCGGUCUUCAGGCAGGUAUGCAGAUCCCGCUGAUUGUACCUUCUUCUACACGUGCUCGCGUGGCACGGGGCGAAGAAGCCGCUGCGUCGGCGUGCUCAAGUUUAAUGCCAAUAUAGGAGCGUGUGACUGGCCGCGUAAUGUCAACUGUUGAGGUGAAAAAAGACAUCAGCGCCAUUAAAAAUCUAAAGUGAUGCGAGGAUCGACAUAAGAAUAAUAUAUACAUGUAGAUGAAAGACACUUGCGGGACAAGUUGAAGGUUUAGAGCGCAUUCAUCUUCAUCCUUGGAGAAAGACUCAUUAAAGAUAACCAGCGCGACUUGACAUAAAGAAGGGUCACAGUUAUUUCUCUGUCCUUCGUGGUGAUGAACUCAAAUGUGCGUUAAUGUACCGCAGAAUCCGAAUGUAAAUUGAGGUGAAAGCAUCUGUUCAGUUGUUUAAUGAUGGCUAUGUAUUAAUUGUUGAUAGGAAAAUAAAAAUUCAAAUGAUUUUUAAACUA